CCAGACAAGAAUUCACCUUCAUUCCACUGGGAUGCUCUCAGUUAAACGCCGAAUGGUGUCUGAGUUUGAACUUAAAAGUACAACCCUUUAGUUCAUAAAUUUGAAACAUGAUUGUUUUGAUUGAGUGUGGGACGUAACUGGAGUGUAGUGUUGAAUCGCAUCAGUGCAUUAGCAGAGCAGAAGCAUAACAAAACCAAUAAUGAGAUUCGGUUCAGAAAGGUGUAUUUAUUGCCUGGGAGCAAUUCUGGCAAUCAAUCAGAUUGGACAGCUGUGUUCAGGGGAGAUAACGGAACAGAAGUUUGAUGCAGCUCAAUCAAAUCAAGGACAAAUCCCGGACGAUGGAGGAGGAAGUGGAAGUAACAAAGUUCUAUCGAGAAAAAGACGUUUCCUGCAGUUUCCAGAAGGCAGCUCGUUUCAAGUUGUGUACGAUCAAACCAUUCCAGUGGUGGGGAGCACUCUUUUAUUCACAGUCGGUGUAACGGUUGCUCUUGCCUAUCAGUUGCCCAGUAUAUCCGUUUUUGAAAUAUCGAAAAUGUUACGAGAGCAAGUCGAAGAAGGAGUACACUUACGACGAAAAGACGAAAAUGUCAAUACAACUACGCUGGUCGACACUAGUACGAGUAAAUAUGAGCAAAGUAAUAAGCACUCGUAUUACUACAACAAUCCUUAUGGAAACAGCUUAUACCAGCCGGCAAAUGGGACGAAGAACAUUUUUGGUUAUUACAACAAUUUGCAACAACAAAAUCAACAAGCACAAAUGGGUUACAACAAUCGAAUAAAAUACUAUACUAGCUCCAAUGAUAGCAGAUAUGAAGCAUACCAGAACAACGCAAACAAAUGGCCGCAAAAUCCAUCAUUUUCAUUGAAAGAUUUGCCGCCAAAUUUUCUAUCGCCAUACAACCAUACCAAAAAUGAUUGGAAUAGUCUCAUCAGUAGAUACUUUUUGAACUGGGUUCGAAAGCAUCCACCAAAUUAUCACCUGAGCAAAAAACGUUUCUACCCCGUGUUCGGCAAACGGAGCAUUGAAGAGCAUACCCAUCCCGAAGAUAAGUUCUUCCUGAGCCAUCAUCGCUCAACUCGACACGACUUGUACUUGCAGAUUGAAAAGUUUCUCGAUGCGAAGGGCAAACAUGGUCACCACUGCGUUUUGCGAGCCCUUUGUGAAAGUGGACAGCGAAGGAAUGCAAACGAACCGGACUCAUUUUUGAAGGAGAUUUUGAAGGCUGUUUUUAGUUUGCCAACGACGCACGAAACGCCCAUUCAUCACAAACAUCGAAUGUAUGACGAAGCUCACGGUCAUGAAGGAGAUUGUGCGGAAAAGUUUUCGUUUUGUCAGGAUAGUAUAUGGUCAGAUAGUUUUAUUUUCUGAAGGGUGUAGAACAACAGUUCGAAUGACAAAUAUUUUAUCGUUUAUAAUAAAACAG